AUGCAAUCAGAGUUGCGCAAAUUAGAACAUAUUAUUUCCCACUUUUAUUCGAAGAGCUUGCACGUCAUUGUAGGUUCGAGGGUUCCUUCGCUUUACUCGCUUGAUAGUUGUGAUCUGCCAACGAGUUCUAGCGCCAACGAGAUUGACAAAUGGUUUAACUUGUUAUUAGGUAAUCAACCCGCCGCUCUAGAUAACUUCAACUUCUGGCGCGGAACUUCAAUGGAUCCGAUGAUAAUUGACAUUGUCAUAGUUCGGAAUGCGACUAAGACUGUGAUAGAGCGGUGGGUUGUUGAGUAUGAGCGCCGGCGAUUACUGGCUCCUCGAACUGGGGACAUUCCUAGCGACUACAAGAAGGCAUACCAGAAGUCAAUAGUCCUGUUCCGAUCGCUUUAUUCUCGAAUGAGGCUUCUCCCAGCACAUACAAUAUUUAGACGACGAAGUUCAUCAAGUCAUACUUGUAAUUUUGAUAUUACUUCCGAGGUGUCUUCGUUUACUAAUCCGUUUUCACGGACUGAGGAGGACAUGAUGGAAGAAUACAGUUUCACAGCCAUUGAGGCUUUUCCAGGACGCUUUUGUAUAUCCGUGACCUACCGUAGCACAUUGUCUAAUUUGAAUCUUGAGUUCUCAACUCCAUCGCCACCAAAACUAAUCAAGGAUUAUGUCGGAAGCCCUAAUGCCAGCCCUCUGAUGUCAUUGCCUUCUGUGGCUGUUGAACUUCAUCUUCGUAGCUGGACAAGCGCGUUCCGCAAGGCCGCACCUCUUGUGCAGAAGCAAACCAUUGUUGGAUCCCCACCAAUAUGUCGUCCUUGUCGCAGGACAAGUGAUUUUCCAACUGAUGAUUCUGGUAACAAGAUUCCCAACUAUCCAAAUCUAACUCAACAAAGGCGUACAAGUUAUGGUGAGCAUCGACCUUGUACAUUCUUACCAUCACCAUCUCCGUCUUCUUCUCUAUCCCCACGUCCAUUCUUUAGUGACAAUCCAAUGCAAACUCAAUUGCCUUUAGCAACUGUCCCUGCAGCUAUUCCCCUUUCAGGAAUGGGCAAAGGCUCUAGAAAUUUCUCUCCUGAUUUUUCAGAUUCUAGUGGAAAUUCACUGCCUCUUUUAUCCCCUAGAAGCACCAAGAAUGAUAAUUCGUUACAUAAGUCUUCGUCUCGCAUCAGGUCAUCAACGAAAAUAGAGGCUCACCGGGCUGGAGGUGUACAUUCUAGGACAGUAAAUUCUGGCGUUCGAAAGAUUGUCAGAGACAACAAGGAUGAUUCACGGCGGUUCUCUGGGUCAUUACCUUCUAGACGCUCACUAUGCAUUGGACUUUCUAGAAGCUCCAGUAAAUUAUCUUUUCAGGAUGACUUUGAUGAUUGGGAUGUCUCUUAUCCUUUCCAUGUUGAUGAUGUCGAUAUGCUAGGUUUUCAGCCCAGUCAGAAUGUGGAUGAUGAUAAUACUUCAGAAAUCACAUCAAAAGCACUGCCUAUGGGCAGAAAAUCCCAAGAUGCAGCUAUUGGUGCUCUUCUAUGCAAGCUUAGAGCAGCACCUCCUCUGCCGCAAGAUCCAAGUUGUGUUCCAUCCCAGUCUCUCAAAACUGAAACUGAGGAAGAUAUUGCUACUGGUGCUGGAGUCUUUGGGCGUCGAAAGAUGGCUGAUGCACUAGAAGAGCUCAGGAGCUACAGAAAAAUUAGAGACCACCUGCUUUCUGAGAGCGAGAUUGGUGGCAUGAGCAAAUAUGAAGAUUAAGCGGCCUGCUGCCAUAUUGGGAAUCACAAUUGUACAUAACAAGAACUCAUUGUAUAUAUAAUCUCACAAAAUUCUAGCAGAUUUACGUACAUAUCCUGAUUGGAUGUUGGAUACUAACUCCAUUAACCAGAAUGGUAAUAAGCUACUAGCAUGUUCAUUUCCAUGGACAUCAUCAGGACAUUGUAGCUUUAGAUGAAAGACCUUACUUCCCUAGGCUGGAUAACCGAGGCAACGUGGGU